AUGAACUUCCACACGGCAAGAAUAUCUCAGGUCGGUGUCAUUUCUAGGGCUCUACUUUCUUCUGUAAGUAGACGUUGGAUUCAUGUAACGCCAAUAAGUCUUAAUAAUUCAGGAGGAUCACUAUUCGGAAGCAUUACAGAAAAUAAACCAAAGGAAGGAAAAAACAGGGGGGAUGAAGAUGCAGGCAGCUUCUCUAAUAGGUUAGCGAUUGCUUCUGAUUCUUCUGGAGAGGCUCCUGAAGUUAAUAGGGAUUCAAUAACCAUAGAAAACGAUAAACUACUACAGCAACAUAUCAUAUCGUUGCAGCAACCGGAACAAUUAGCAUCACAGAGCUUAUUAUCUCCUUUGAAAAGGGAAAUAUAUGAAGCUAAUUGUAAAAUUAAUGGUGGGUUUUACAAGAAAGAUACUAUUGUAAAGUUACCAAAUUCUAGCGAACGUUACAAGCUAAAGUUAACAAAAAGAGAAAUUGAAGUACUAGAACCUUCCGUAUAUGCUCAGUCAUAUAGAAUUAAAUCGUCGAUGAAAAAGGCUACACUUUUGUUGAGGUUAUUGGGAGGCCUCGACGUUAUGAAAGCUAUAUCUCAGUGUCACUUUUCUAAUAAGAAAAUUGCUCGCGAAGUAGCAGAACUACUUCAAAAAGGUGUAAAAGAUGGCCAAAAAUUAGGUUUGAAACCAGAGGACUUAUAUAUCUCUCAGAUUUGGACAGGGAGUGACGGGUUUUGGAGAAAACGUGUUGAAUUCAAGGCAAGGACAAGAAUCGGAAUCAUAAGUCAUCCUUACAUACAUGUCAGAUGUAUUCUGAGAACAAAGAGUGUUACGAAACGAAGACUUGCUUAUGAAGCACAUUUAAAAGAGCAAAAAAGAGCGCCAUGGGUACAGUUGGGAGAUAAGCCCAUUAGGGGUGUUACAGGCGGCGUAUACAAGUGGUGA